UGCUGUUGUGGAGUUUCUUCUUCAGAAUGGAGCCGAUCCCAACCUGCUGGCCAAAGGGAGGGAAAGCGCAUUGUCUCUGGCCUGCAGUAAAGGAUACACCGAUAUCGUGAAGAUGCUUAUAGACUGUGGAGUGGAUGUCAAUGAAUACGACUGGAAUGGAGGAGCUCCGCUGUUGUACGCAGUCCAUGGAAACCACGUACGCUGUGUGGAGAUUUUGUUAGAGAGUGGAGCUGAUCCUACAGUAGAGUCCGAUUCUGGAUUCAAUGCCAUGGAUAUGGCUGUGGCUAUGGGCCAUCGAAAUGUUCAACAGGUGAUGGAAGCACACCUGCUGAAGCUACUGAUGGCCAUCAGAGAGUGAGCUGUGGUUUUGGAGGAGAAUUGAUCCUGGAGAGAUGUCUCUGGGUGCUGGACAAUCAUGAACCCAGUAUCUCACUGAGCUGUGACUGACUGAUGGUGACAAAUAAGAAGAAGUUGUUUCUACAAUGUCUCACAAAUACCCAGAGAGUUCUCGAUUUCCUCACAGGGCUUCGCUCUCAUGUCACAACUUACGAAAAUGGGUGUGGAGUUGUUUCCUGUGCUCGUAUCUCGUCUGUUUCAUUUGAGUCCGAAAGUUUCACGACUUUGGCAGCAGACUGUGACCAAAUUGUGUUAAACUGCAAACAGACUGACAUAUAAUUUUGACAAUUCGAGACUAAAUUGUUGCAAGAAAACUUGCAAGUAUUCAUUUGAUCCAAACGGGUAUAAAACUUCACAUUCAGCGUGAUUCCAACUGAAACUUUUCCCUUUUUUUUCCUCUCAAUGUAGUGUUUCAACAGUUUGGUGAGAUAUUGGUUUUGUUACUAAUGGAGAUUUCAGCAGUGAUUGUGUCUGAUGCACAAUAAGGUUUUAUUCUGUGUGAAGUUUCAGUUGGAGGUGUCAUACUCUGCACUUUACUGUAAACAGAUCAUGGAGUUUGUAAUCCCAGAUACACUGAGGCUCAAGUUGAAACACACACACACACACACACACACACACACACACAAGCCCAGUUGUGUCGGUUAUUUUUAACUAUUCAUAAUUUAAUACCUCUUUUCUAAGGGUGUUUAUAACAACAUAUUAAGCAUAUUUAUUAAUGGUAAAUAAGGAAACUGACGUAACACCAUCAUGGUCUCUUGUUUUUUUUCUGGUUGCCAUGGCAAGCACAUCUCUGAGGUACAGGCGUGGUUAUAUGAAGCUAUUUGUUGUUUAUUUACUGACUUUUGUGUUGACUGUUCUGGAUUUAUUUAUUUAUUAGAGUAUUUUAACAUUUGUUUGUUUGCCUUGUUGUGAUGUUUAUGUGAGUUGUGAAUUUUAAAAGACCGCACACUGCACUGAAAUACCCCAGAAGAGGAUUGUGGUGUUUUCUGAUGUGUCGUAAGCAGUUAUUUGUGCGUUAAAUCUGUCAUUAAAUUAGGUGAUGAAAUAUG